AUGGGCUCCCGCUAUGAGGCGGAGGUGACGGUGGGGUCGGCGAGCGGUCUGAAGAACGUCAACUGGCGCAACGGCGACCUGAGGCCGUACGCCGUGCUGUGGGUGGACGACGGGCCCAAGUGCUCCACCCGCGUGGACCCCGACAACGGAGAGGACCCCGUGUGGGACGAGAAGGUCGUGGUCCCGGUGCCACCCGCCUCCGCUGCGCGCCUCGGCGACGCCGUCCUCCACGUCGACGUCGUCCACGCCGCCAGCGGCGGCGACGACGCCGAGGCCGUCGUCAAGCCGCUGGUGGGCUCCGCGCGCCUCCCGCUCCGCGACGUCCUCGACGACGCCGGCGGCGUCGUCGGCGGGCCCAAGGUCUCCCGCACCCUCAGGCUGAAGCGGCCCUCGGGCCGGCCGCAGGGCCGCCUCGAGGUCCGCGUCGCCGUCCGCGAGGCCCCGCCCCCGCGCUACUACGACCCGAGCCCGUACCCGGCGCCCGCGUACGGGAACCCCGCCGGGGCAGCCUCGCGCGACCCCUACUACGCGGCGCCGCCGGCGUACGGCGGACAGCCACCGUACGCCGCGCCGCCCGCUGGGUACCCGGCCGCCGCCGCCGCUCCUCCCUACGGUGGUGGUUAUGGUUACGGAGCCGCCGCCGCUCCUGCUCCUGCGGCGGCGUACGGGGAUCCUGCGGCUGCUCCGCCUGCCCAGAAGAGCAGCAAGAUGGGGAUGGGGACGGGGUUGGCCGUGGGCGCCGCGGCGGGACUGCUGGGUGGCCUGGCGCUGGCGGAAGGGGCGAGCUACCUGGAGGACAAGUUCGAGGAUCGCGUCGCCGAGAGGGUGGAGGAGGAGACGUUCGGCGACGGAGACUACGACGACGAUUACUAG